CAUUCCCUAGCACUACCUCUAUUCAUCAGGGAGCUUCAGCAAAGGGGGAGGCAUUUGUUAUUGGCUGGCUCUGGUCCUCAAGGAUAACAUUCCUGCUCUUUUGAUUGGUCAGCCGACUGCUGCAAGAUUCUAACCAUCUUAUUUUGAUGAUAAAUAUGAAGGCAUGCUAGGCUGUGCAGGAGUGUAGUGUUCAGGCACAGCUCCAAUCCGCUCCUCCACUCCAGGACUGACAGGCUGUGUUUCCAAAGCCCUGAACAAGACAGGGGAAGAGGCAGAAAGUUGUGAUGCUUUUCUUUACUCAGUGCUUUGGGGCUGUGUUAGAUCUGAUCCACCUGAGAUUUCAGCAUUAUCAAGCCAAGCGGGUCUUCUCCUCUGCUGGACAAUUGGUGUGUGUGGUGAACCCAACGCAAAACUCAAAGAAUGCUCCAAACAGAUGUGCAGUCCCCGAAGACUCCUCUCUACAAACCACACAUCAUCAGUGCCAUGAAACCAUCCGCGACCCACAGCUGACUUCAUGCACUUGCCCUUUGUACGCUUGCAAAUGGGAAGGUCAUUUGAAGGUUGUUGUUGCUCAUUUGACACAAGCUCACACAAUUAACAUACUGCAUGGAACAGAAAUUGUCUUUUUGGCCACUGACAUGCACCUUCCAGCACCAGUAGACUGGAUCAUUGCACAUGCAUGUUUGGGCCACCACUUUUUACUUGUGCUCAGAAAACAAGAAAAAUACCAAGGACACCCACAGUUCUUUGCUGCAAUGAUGUUGAUUGGCACACCAGCACAGGCUGAGAAUUUCACCUAUAAACUGGAGCUGAACAGGAACCGUAGAAGACUGACAUGGGAAUCCAGCCCUCGGUCAGUCUUAGACUGUGUUGACUCUAUAAUUACUGAUGGAGAUUGCCUUGUACUCAAUGCCUCAAUGGCUCAGCUCUUUGCUGAUAAUGGAAGUUUGGCUAUUGGAAUAGCAAUAUCUGCAAGUAAACUUUGUGCUGCUCAACCUGAAAUUUAAUAUUUAGGACAUUGAUCUAGGGAAAUUCAAUAUUUUGGGCUUUUUAACCUCCCUGGGCUUUCUAGAGCCUGUACAUAAACGAAAACACAUUCAGGCAGAAAUGUACAAUUGACAUUUAUUUUAAAUGUGUUUAGGUCUAGUUUCUGUGACAACUUUUGACUUGACUCAUAUGACUCACACAAGAACUGAUGGCAUAAAUAAAAUGUCAGUAGGAUACAAUGUGCAGAGAUCUGUAUGUUUACAUGUAUAGUUAUAUGUUCAUAUAUAUGUUUAUAUUUAUCUAAUUCUACCAAUAGGUAGUGUUAACAGUACAGUUACCAGGUUACACUGAUGCUAAAACAAAU